AUGCAUGCGCUUCAGGUGUCACUCAGCGGCAUCCUUGAGAUGAAGGCGACGUCGUAUACACAGGUCCAGCAGAUCAAGUCAGACGCGCACGGCACGCUGAUGGCCGAGAACACGGUGGGCGUCUACCACGACCACUUCAUCACGUACCACCUGGACCUCGACGUGGACGGCACCGACAACUCGUUCGUCAAGAACACCAUGGUCCCCGAGCGCAAUACCGGGGACCCCGCCACUGGCGGCGCUGACACGCCAAGGAGGAGCUACUGGACGGUGCGCCGCGAGGUGGCCGCGACGGAGGCCGACGGCCAGGUGAACGUCAAUGGCCCACCGGCAGAUCUGCUGUUCGUCAACCCGAGCAAGAAAACCAAGGUCGGCAACGAGGUCGGGUACCGGCUCAUCCCGGCGGGGGCGACCGGCGCGUCGCUGCUGGCGGACGACGACUACCCGCAGCGCCGCGCCAGCUACACCAAGCGGCAGGUGUGGGUGACGCCCUACGAUAGGUCGGAGAAGUGGGCAACGGGGCUGUACGCGGAGCAGGGCACCGGAGAGGAUAGCUUGGGUGCCUGGAGCAAGAGGAACAGAGGCAUCAAGGACCGGGAUAUCGUGCUGUGGUACACGGUGGGACUCCACCACAUCCCCUACCAGGAGGACUUCCCCGUGAUGCCCACGCUGAGCGGUGGCUUCCAGCUACGCCCGGCCAACUUCUUCGACAGCAAUCCGUUGAUUCGGACCAGGCCACCGGCUGAUCACAACUACCCAAACUGCUCCUGCGGCGUCGCGUCCAUGUGA